AUGGCCACCGAAGAAAAUCAACGUAACUGGCAAAUUUUGAAAAAGCUCCGUGAGAGACCUGAGAACAAGGUCUGCAUCGAUUGCCCAACCAAAAAUCCCGACUGGUGUUCUCUUCAAUAUGGAGUGUUCUUUUGUCUUGCGUGUUCGGGAGAGCACAGAGGAUUAGGCGUUGAUGUUAGUUUUGUAAAAUCAGCAGUUUUGGAUAAGUGGAACGACGAACAAGUACAAUCACUCGUACACGGAGGAAACAAGAAGGCCCGAGAAUACUUUGCAAGCAAAGGAAUUGAUAAACUCGGUAUCAAACAAAAGUACAACUCAAAAGCUGCAAAGGAAUACGCUGCUCUUUUGAAACAACAAAUAGCCAAAGCUAACGAAGGAACUGAGAAAAAACCAAAUCUCACUAUCAACACUGAAGAUGUGAACACAUCAUCUCAAGAAAAAGUUAAAUCUGCACCACCAAAAACCAACAACUCGGAUUGGGAUUUCGAAGAGGAAAUGAUGAAAGAUGUAGUUGCAAGUCCAUCGCCAACAACUCCACAAGUCAACAAUGAGCCAAAAUACAAAGUUGUUACAUCAGCAAGUUCCGAUCCAAAUAGGAUUAAAAUCAAGAGUCACCACCACACCAAGACAUCAUCUGCAUCCUCAUCGACAAAGGAUAUAUUCUCUCAAGAUUCUUAUUUAAAAUCAAAGAAUAGUGGUAAGAAUGAAAUUAAUGAUGACGAUUUUUUCGAAAAAGAAGGUGCUUCAGAAAAACAAGUCAUUAAUGAUGACGACUUUUUCGACAAUGAUUGGGACAAGGAUUUUGACAAUCAAGGAUCAUCUCACAACAUGAAAAAAGCUUCUUCCACCCCCAAUAUUUCAUCGAGAGGCAACGAAUAUGAAAAUAAUAAUUCUUAUACUAACAAUAACAAUAGAUACAGCGGAAUUGGAAGCAAUAAUAAUGGAUCUUAUACAAACAAUUUUGCCUCUGGAGACAAGUACAGAGGAAUUGGCUCGUCAUACACCGAAAGAAGGAAAAAUGCACUCUCAGAAUUGUCUCUUACAGAAAUGUCAAGCUCAGAUUUAGCGUUUUAUUUAGGUGAGCAAGCCAAAGACGUUGCCAAUAAGACAAAAGAGGUUUCUAAUUAUCUUGGAGGUCAAUUACAAGUUGUUUCUCACAAUGUCACAAAUUGGUUUAAUUCCAUGAUGCAACCUAAUGAGCACAAGUAA